CGACCCUUGGCUUUCCUGGACUUGAGAAAUAAAUGGCCAAAGAUUGCUUGCCGAUCCAUUAUUCCUUGCAAUGAUUUUUUCUAAAAUCGUGCUGGUGAUUGUGAUUCUAUUGCACGUGGUUCACGCCCAGGACAUCAAAAACAGCGACCCGAAGUUAAUCGAGGUGAAAGGAAAUAAAUACAGAAAUCCCGGCAUCAUCAAUAGAGAUGGAUACGAUAGCCGAACUCGUGGUGAAAAGGGCAGCGGGUCUGCCCGUGAAAACAAUGAAGGACACCAAAUCGUCUCAUACGAAAACACCAAAAGAAAAGCAAAAAGAGGUAUAAAAUUCACAACGGGCCACAACCUUGUGCCCACUCCAGUUUUACAUUUUACACCAUUUCUAGCAUUUCUAUAUACACCAGAUAUCGCUGUAGACGAUCCGAAGAGAAAAGGCCAUGGUAACAACGAUGGAUACAGCGAAUACAACUAUGAUCAUGUGGAAGGCAAGAAAGAAAGAGAAAGUGAAAGUAAACAGAACAAAAACAAUCAACCUGGUGCUUUGCGUCUACAUUUUACGGUAUUGAAUGGACUUUCGCAAAAACACUCACCUCGCUUAGGAUAUGAAAGCGAUGACAUGCAAGGCAAGGCGUACGGCGUUGUUACGAUGAAGUACACUAAAAGAAAUGGCGCAAAAAAUCGACGUUCCAGAAGAAGUGGUGGUAAUGGAUUCGACCCUGGUGAAAUCGGAGGAUACAUUAUACUCUCACACGAAAUAAAGAGUAAUGAUAAAGGAGGCAGAGGAAUUGGAGAUCAUUACAAUGGUGGAAUUCUCGGAGGAUACGAUAUCGAUGGAGGAAGUGUAUACAAGAACGACGGAAGAGGCAGUAACUUUGCCGGGGGUGGUAAUGACGGUGGAAAAAGAAGCAUCGAACCCACAGCUGGCGGUAAAACUAACAUCACCACAAAUAACGGAAAUAAACCACAAAGUAAAACCCCUUUUGACAGUGUCAAACACAUAAACCCAAGCAUAAGACACAACGGAAAUGAAAUCAGAAAUAUUGCUCCUGCUAUCAGCGUCAGUAAUGCAAACGGUCCGGGACAAUUACAAACUACCAGUGGACCAAUAAAUGGAGUAGGAAGCACGGGACCUAUUGGAGGAGCACGACCUAUUCCUAUCAAUAAUGUAGCCAAACCUCAAGGUAACCACGGACCCAUAACCAAUAAUGGCAAUGCCAGCAAUGGGAAAAUCAAUCCCCUGCCCUUGCACAGCUUAGGAAAAGUCAACACAAACACUAGGCCAGUCCAAACAAUUACUGCACCAGUUAAAACUAAUGAAGCAGCCAAAAUAAUUACUGGGCCAGUUAAAACAAAUGCUGUACCAGCCAAAACAAUUACUGGACCAAUCAAAACAAAUGCUGUACCAGCCAAAACAAUUAUUGGACCAAUAACAACAAAUGCUGUACCACCCAAAACAAUCACUGGACCAGUCAAGACAAAUGCUGCACCAGCCAAAACAAUUAAUGGACCGGUCAAGACAAAUGCUGUACCAGCAAAAACAAUUACUGGACCGGUCAAAACAAAUGCUGUGCCAGCAAAAAUAAUUACUGGACCAGUCAAAACAAAUGCUGUACCAGCAAAAAUAAUUACUGGACCAGUCAAAACAAAUGCUGCACCAGCAAAAACAAUUACUGGACCAGUCAAAACAAAUAAUGAACCAGUCAAAACAAAUGCUGUACCAGCAAAAACAAUAACUGGACUGGUCAAAACGAAUAAUGAACCAGCCAAAAGUCAAGUAUUGAAUAGCAGCACAAACAAUGAAAACCAAAACCCAAGUAGUGCUAGACCAGCAAAUGGGAAGGAUGGCAAUAACGAUGCAAGAAAGAUCAACCCUGUCGUUACUUCGGGUAUAGAAAUCAGCAGUAGCCAAAAUGGAGGAGACAAAACGAAAAGCAAUAAUGGACCAAUAAGUGUACAGAAUGGUGAUGCGAAAAAAAAUGUCGGACCUCUUAUUGCUACGAAAGUUAACCCCACAGCUAUAGAACACAAACCACAGAACAAUAAAAGUCAAAAUGGGUCUGCAGGCGGGGAAAAAGAUGGCAGCCUCAAUGGAAACAAAGCUGACGCACCCAUUCCUAUCCAAAUAGCCAACAAUAGUACCAGUAAUGAAAGCAAAGCUAAAGCUAUCAGCGAAACAAAAAGCAGUCAUAAAAGUAAUGGAGAAAUAAACGUCGAGCCCGUUUUCCCGCAAAAAAGCAACAUUACCACAAAGAAUGCAGACAACGUUAAAAAAAGUAGCAGUGGACCCAUUAAAAGCGAAAAAGUGAACAGCACGACCACCGGGAAAAGGAACAUUGGCUCCAUUAUUGGUGCUAAAGGCAACAGUACAAGAAUAACAGAAGAAGUUGCUGGUGAACUGCUCAACAGUGAAAAGCCGAAUAAUGGAAGAAGACACGUGGGAGCUACAAUAGGCGGUAAACCCACGAGCAUUGCUGUUCAUGUUGGCAAUGCAAGAAGACACAUCGGAUCGGUUAUUGGCAAAAAAAACAACAAUCAAGGUAGCAACGUAAGCAUCGAAAUUGGGAACACAAAAAGGAAUAUUGGUUCCACUAUCGGCGAUAAAACCAAUAGUGAUUCAGUCAUUACUGAAAGCGGAUUGCUGAGCACUGGAAAGAGACACAUUGGAUCUGUGAUUGGCAGCAAGAUAUUGCCUGGGGAUGGACAGCAAAUUUCAGUGAACCUAAAGAGUCACAAUCAGCCAUCUUCAGUCAGCCAUACGAAGCCUCAUCAAGACUCUUCUGUGCAAGAAGUUCCUCUCUUUGAUAUCCUUUCCUUUCGAUAAUUGGUUUGACUUUGAUAGUCUUACCAUGUUUGAACACAACAAUUGUUCUGUCUUUUAUAUCUAAUCAUCAAUUAAAACUCUAUUUAAAUAUAUUUAAAAAUGGUG